CAUAAACUUUGAUGCACAUUUUUGAGUAGAUCCAGUUUAACUACAAAGUGGCUCUAUCUGCAUCAGCUUCCCCAUCUGUAAAAGCCUGAAGAAAACAAGAAUGAGAAAUGCGUCCUGAUAUUGGUGACUUUUUUAUAAUUAAUUGUGACUUUUAAUACUCUCUGUUCACCAUCAGCCGAACACCAUUUUGUGUGAAGUGUCUCGUCAGGCAGGACAUUUGAAGUUCAUUAUUUAGGUCUUAUAGAAAUCCAGAAAACAGUCCUAAGUGGGAGAUGUAGAGCUAGAAAUACCAAGGAGUCAUCAGUGUAAAAUGUCUCUGUGACCGAUAGCGAGUGAUGUUGCCCUGUUUAUGUGGGAUGCUCAUUACUGAGUCUGAUAAGCGUUUGACCGUCCCCGAGAAGUUCCACCUCCGGCAGCUGGAGAGAAGACGGCUGUCCAGCUUCCCUCCCCUCCCCCACCGUUCACCUUCUCACUACGGCUCUGCUCCAUCACAGGUCACCUUCCCUUUGACUCCAUCACACGCCCCAGCCUUAACUGAUCCAGUCCUAGCCGCACGAAGACUCGGGGAAGUGAAUUUUUAGACAAGCGGCAAGAUGGGCCUUUCCUUUCCAGCAGGAGGAAAUAGGGGAAUGAGAGAUUAUUGCUUGGCUUCCACAGGAAAUUCCUGGUACAUGCUGUUGCAGGAGAGGAGCUCUUUCAGUCCUUCCGCGAACCUGCUGCCAAACUCCACUUCCUCCCCCGUCCAUGCUCCCGCCGCGAGGCCAGCCAGCCGAAUGGAGGACGAGCCUGCCAGGCUGCCUGCGCACCUGCGCCUGCAGCCAGUGUUUUGGAGCAGGGAAGACGUGGCUCAGUGGCUGCGGUGGGCCGAGAAAGAGUUUGCGCUGCGGCCCAUCACCAGCGGCACCUUCCAGAUGAAUGGCAAGGCCCUGCUUCUCCUCACCAAGGAGGACUUCCGCUACAGAUCCCCUCACUCUGGGGAUGUCCUGUAUGAGCUGCUGCAGCACAUACUGAAGCAACGGAAGUCCAGUGUGUUUUGCCCGUCUGCUUACUUUCCUGGGAACUCUUUCCAUUCGCUGCCUGAAAGCGCUGUGCAGCAUCUGAAGCUCGAAGAGACGGUACGGCGGGCGCCACGCGGUACAGAACCCCUCCCCCAGAACCCGCCCACCAUCGAGCUGAGGCACCGCCGCUCACGCUCACGCUCCCCCCUCAACCCGGCCCCGAGGCGGUCGCCCCAGGAGCCCAACCGGCCCCGCUCGGCCAGCGAGGACCCCCUACAGAGCUUCUCCCAGCUGCCUGACAGUAACCACCACCUGGCCGAGGAGAUGUACCCGCUGUCCGUGUCUCCGCCGGCCCCCAACGGGCCCUGCGCCGCGCCCAGGGAGGCCCCCAGCCCAGGGCUCCAGGAGGCGGGGCCGCCCCGCGUCAUCCAGCUCAUGCCCAGCACCAUCCUGAACCCUCUGCUGCUCAGCCCCGGCAGAGGCGGGGGGGCCGGCCUGGACUUCAGGCACAGCCGCGCCGGGCCCCCCUCCCAGGUGGUGUUGGAGAACGGGCGUGAGAGCAAGGUGCCUGUGCACCACCACCACCACCACCACCAGCAGCAGCAGCAGCAGCAGUUGGCCCAGCAGCAGCUGUUGCAGCAACAGGAGGAGGCGCUCUACAGGAACCACGUCAUCAUGCCCGUGUCUCCUCCAGAGGAGCAGCAGAUGCCCAUUGGCCGGAUAGCAGAUUGCAGGCUGCUGUGGGACUACGUGUACCAGCUCCUGUCAGACAGCAGGUACGAGAACUACAUCCGCUGGGAGGACCCCGACAGUAAAGUCUUCCGCAUCAUGGACCCCAACGGUCUGGCCAGGCUCUGGGGGAACCACAAGAACAGAACCAACAUGACGUACGAGAAGAUGUCGCGAGCACUGAGACACUACUACAAGCUGAACAUCAUCAGGAAAGAGCCCGGACAAAGACUCCUGUUCAGGUUCAUGAAGACCCCCGAUGAGAUUAUGAACGGCCAGACGGAGCGGCUGGAGCACCUGGACUCAGACACAGAUGAACAAAUCUACAUCAAAGAGGAAUGCUGAACGGCUCCGGGGUGGGGUGAGGGGGGGAUGGAGGUUAGGGGUUUAUGGGGGAGGGAGGAUUCCAUGGACUACUUUACUACAGCCUCAGCCACAAAUGCCUUUCAGAAGCAGCUUAAUAAACGGCAGGAGUUUGGCUCCCAUCGGUCCCAGAGGGAGAGGAAGUGAGAUGUGAAACGCCUCAGGAUGAGCUUGUGACUUCCUGUUGGAAGGAGCGUUGUGAUUGGUCGGAGGGACGCUGCUGAGAGGACUCUUUAUGUUUCUGUGCUGCAAAAAGCCAAUCACUUGUGCUUCUAUGAUUCUUUGUUUUGGUUUGUCUCUCCACAUGCAUUAGAUCUUGGAAAUUUGCUACUUGUAAAAAGAAAAGUGUGUGUGUGUGUGUGUGUGUGUGAGUAUGUAAGACAGGACUGUUUUCAUUAUGGAUUAAACGUUUUUGAUCAAACUGAA